AUGGGUAAAAUGGGUUUCGGGCAAAAAUGGCUAAAGUGGAUUAAGUGGUGCAUUUCUAGGGCAAGCUUCUCUGUUUUGGUGAAUGGUACUCCCACGGAUUUUUUCCGAAGCUCAAAGGGGUUGAGACAAAGGGAUCCCCUAUCCCCCUAUUUACUUGUGAUUGCUAUGAAGGCUCUCAGUAGCUUGUUGGUGAGAACCCGGGAGGGAGGUUUCUUGUCAGGUUUUAAGAUCAAGUCACCAAUUUAUAUUGGCUCCUCAUGUGGUUUGAAGCUAUUUCAAGGUGAGAUGAUUCUAAUAGGAUCAGUGGUUAAUUUGGAGGUGUUGGCUUCGGAGAUUGGUUGUAAGUUCUUCUCUACAAAUGGUGUUAGCAUUAUGCAAGUGAAGGGGAUAGUUUGGAAGAAGGUCAUUAAGGGGAAGUAUGGGGAGGAAGAAGGAGGGUGGUCGUUUUGUGAGGCUAAAGAGGCGUGGGUACCAGAUUUGUGGGAGCAAAGGGAGAGAGGAGGGGUUUGGAACUUCCAUUUUGCUAGAAAUCCAAAUGAUUGGGAGUUGGAUUCUAUGGAGAGGUCCCUUUUUCAACAGCAAGGUCAUUGGGUGAAUAGGGAGCAGGAGGAUAGAGUGGUUUGA